AUUGAUUCGUUUAUACAGCAAAGACGAUACAAUUACCAUGGAGCCGCUCCAACUAGUGCGUGUUCGAGUACUGAUUACUGAACACAGCAAGUUCUCUGAAGUCAGUAGGCUGCUUCGUAAGUUCAAGUCCCAAUAGUUUGAUGUCAAUAUGUAAGCAUUAAGAGUCCAAGAUGACGUACAUUUGUUUUAUGUAAAAGGACUCGUCGCCGUGGGACUGCCGAUAAAUUGGCUGCGGGAACUAUCGAGUUUGCCACGCGGUCCAGGAAAUACUGAUUUGUGGAAUGGAAUGCCGAUAGAAUGGUAAACUGAGGAAGCCAAACCCAAUGGUGAUGAAUUCAUUUGGAACAUAACAUGCCAUUCAGGCUGGACACGCAAGCAACUGUUCAGACCAGAAGAGUCUAGUGACAGCUACUCGACUGAAGAUCCAUGAAGCAUUCUGGAACUCAGAACCUCUGAAUAUUAAUAUGUAAAAUGCCCCUUUGUUAAAUAAAAUAAAACUUUAUGGUUAAAUUACGUUGAUUUCUCCGCGACCUUGUCGGCCGAUGUCCAAUGUAAUUGGCUAGAUGACGAGACCAGUCUGUGUUAAACGAGCAAUCCUGGGUACCGCCACCGCGGCAUUUGCCCUGUGGAUUAUCGGGGCGGCCUUCCUGUUGUUGAACGAGGGCCGAUCACGCCCCGAUGUCACAAGCGACGACACCGCCGGUAAUCCGAGCGUACGGCUGCUGAGCCCCGUGGAGAAACGCCUCACGCAUCUCGCCAACCUCGUGUCCGAAUUGCGACAGGAAAUCGGCUACCGGAGGAGAAGGGUCGCAGAGAGCGAUGAACAGCUUGCCCGCCUGCAGGCUCAGUUAGACGGCCCUUUUACAGACGCUCCUGCGGUGCCAGUCCCUCGUCAUUUGGCAGAGCUGAACUCGAAGCGACAUUUGAUGGAUGUGCACAACAUGCUCGACCCAGUUUCACCUGCAACGAAGGAAAAAACGACAUCGAGUCUCCAAAGGGGUGAGACAGACAAAGAGGCUCAAAUCCACACGGCACGCGAGACCGAACAGCCUCCAAAAGACACUACCCUUACCCCCGAACUGGUCUAUGGAUGUAAGGAAAUAGCAAGCAUACCUCUGUCUGACAGGGAGUUAGUGGGCUUUGGGUACACGAAGAGGGUGCAGAAAGCUUUCUUAGGAGGAAAACCUGUGGCCUUGAAGACACCUCUUUCGAAUGGACCAGACAUGACACAGUGCGUCGGGUACGGGAUGAGUAAGGAGGAGUGCUUCACUCUAGCAAACUUCAAGGUUCUUAAGGAAAUUGCACUGCUACAACAACUUCAACACCCGAAUAUAAUCAAGGUAUUAGGUUUCUGCCUGCCCGGGAAGAUUGAUAUCAAUGACUCCUCGCGCACUACUACCAUGGUUACAGAGUAUGGUCAUCCAAUCACAUUCCUGGAAUUACUGAAAAUGUCCUGGGAAGACAGACUGAGGAUAUCUCUUGGAGUGAGUCGUUUGAUGUAUUAUCUGAGUAAUUCUUCUGUUGGCUCCCUCGGCAUCCACGACUUCAAACCUUCUCAGUUCGUUACAGUGGACGGCGAGAUUAAACUGGUAGACCUGGAUGACGUAGACGACAAACCAGUUACAUGCCGUACACCUGUGGAUUGCGCCCUCCUCGGUAGCUCUUCAACGGUCUAUCUACCGUGCGUAGACGGGAAGUGUCUAUAUUAUAGCGAUAGGAGGAAUGUGUACAGCGCUUAUAAAAUUUUCUUUACAUUGUUACCGUUCGAAACUCCAUCCAGCCUGCGAGUGAUGGUCACUGAUCUUGUUAACAAAACAGGCGAGGCACUGGUUGGUUCCCAGGAAACUUAUCAGCAGUUGGAACGGAUCCUGCAACUAUACCGCAGUGGGACAUACCUCAACUACGCAGAGGAUGAAAACCAGAGCUUUUAUACAGGUACAGGGAAUGAGUACGACGUUCUCGUUGAUACCGACUUGCCCCACCAGGGCGAUUUCUGGUGCACUGCCUCAUUACAGAUGGGUGGACCCAGCUGCGUCCUAACAGCUUUCGACGAAAACGAAGCAAAACACUUGUGCGACCAAGAAGAUCAAUGCACAGCAUUUGUAAUGACGUCAGAGAAAACAUGGACAGAGCGUACAGUUAUCUAUCUGAAGAGAGGAACUGGGCACCAGCCAGUUCACAGCCCGGGAAACAUGCUGUACUACCAACUGACGUGAAACACAGAAUCCCAUACACAAUCAGAGUUUAACAGGGCACGGGACUAUGAGGCCGGAACGCCGAAAUAUCACCGGGCCUCGUUAAGAGUAAGACGUAAAGAAUCAUUGUAGAUAUCUAAACUUUAUGAAACUAUGUGGGGGCUUUCCUUUGAAAAUCUAGUCUUCACCUGAUGCCUUCAAAUUAAUCUUUACGGAUUAUCUGCACAAGCUGAUGUCGAAGUGCGAUAUUUCAGUAUACCAGACGUUACAUCUCCAAGCACAAAAAAAUGGCGUUAUCCGCUAAAUGAAAGUAGAUUUAAAUGGGAGACAUCAAGUGCACCAAUUAAAUUAUACUAAUACACUCUAAAAACGUCCGGGUCAGAUUGUCCCAGAAUUAUGACCCAGAGAGGGUCAAAUAUGACCCGAAAGGGGGCCAUGUUUUGACCCAGAAAAGGGUCAUACCGAAUGGGACCCAAUUGUGGGUCAAUCUGACCCGGACAUUUUUAGAAUGUAUGGAGUGCUGCUGAAACCUUUGCAUUGCUAUACAAGACCAAACCUACUUUUCAUACAAAUUGAUUGGGGAAAUGCCUGUUGUUACAUACCUGACGAAUGUAUUCUUCAUUGCAACACCAAAAUGUCUUCAAAGUGGAAAAUAUAACACUAGUGGAUAUAAAUGUUUUGUUAAAUUCAGGCCAAGGAAUUGUUAUUUUAUACUGUCUUUUUGGCGUAUAGUUCUUUGAAAUUAAAUUAAUUCCGAUUUGCUCCAUCAGUCUCCGAAAUGGAUUCAAAUAAUACUGAACUAGUAGAACCAAUUCUGACAAGGUAAUCUGAAAGAAUUAGAUGUAACAAGUGGAAAGUAAAUAACUGGCCUGGAUUUUAAGCAAGUGGUUGGAAGGAUCGACCAAAAUUAAAGGGAAAAACUAGAUAAAAGCUAUAUAAACAAACGCGAAAAAUUCGGGGUUUUUUUGGUAACUUCAACAUGAGUUCCGUAAGUGUGCAAUAAUAAGCCUUGUAUGAUGCCAUGUGAGUCGUAAAUUAAUCUGUUACAGUUCAUUUUUUUACGUCAAUCUGUCUACUAUUUUCAAUAUCUCUUGAGAUUUUGAUGAUUAAAUACUCCUUUACUUCAAUACUCUUCGGUUAAUUGCGACAUUUUAAAACUCAAGGCCGCGAUCCAAACAAAAUUUGCUUUGCCCUUGAAUAGCCAAAAAAUAUGUUGUUCAUUAAAACCCAGUCAGAACAUUGCACUCAGAAAUUCCUGAAUUCGCGAUGCCUAUUCCUAGUAAUUGAUGUCUGUAAUUAUUUUAUGGUAAGUAGCUUAAAAUUUUAAAAUGAGUAGACGCAGUUUAAUAAGAGUGAAUUAAAUUGCACUGUUGUUAAGCCAAGAUUCA